AUGUAGAUCAGCAGGUCUGGUGGGAAGCGCAGACACGCGCACGUUCUGGCCGGACGGUGACAGCUACGUGUGUGUGUGUGUGUGUGUGUGUUCCUGACUACGGACUUCUGGACUUGAGGCGGACUUUGUGGAUUUUCCCUCCCGUGUCCCGGCUGGAGCUGCCGGGGACGAACGGAGCCGAACUCAGGAAGGAGCGGAAGGGCAGCGGGAGACACCGCGGGGGGACAUGCUUCGAUACGGACCCGCGCGGAUCGUGUCCACCACCACCACAGAGGACUCGGUGGGGUCCUCCAGUGAGAGGACAAUCAGACGGCUCAGGUUAACUUUACACGCUGGAGAAAAUGGACACAAGGAGCCAAAACACACAAUCUCAGAUACAGCUGACAAAGAGAAGGAUGUCAGUGGAGCGUGGAGGAAGAAAAAUGGGCUGAUCCAAAGAGAGAGGCCAGCUGGCCGAGAGUCGCCUCAGCAGCAGCUUGGAGACUUGGCCAAUGGGGCGCUGGAAACCUCGCUGCAGCAUCAUGGGUCCAAAGUGUACGGCAUAGUGCAGAGGACUGGCUCAGACAGGCAGCAGGAGGUGAUGGCACGCGAGUGGACGGUCAGUCACCUUCACGAUGAGAUGAGGUACAUCAGGGAGGUGAGAGAUUCUUUGGAGAAGGUAAGAGAGCGGAUGUAUGGCCAGUUUGGAGGAAUGCAGCAAUCCAUGCAGAAGCUUUCACAAGAAAUCGGGGCGGCCAACUCACAUCGGAGGAGUCUGGAGAAUGAAGUGAAGAUUCGGACGGCAGCCAUGGAGAGCUUUGAUCAGAUGAACAGUUCCCUGAUGUCUGCCAACAUCAGCCUCCAGCUUCCGUUGCAGAAAUCCCUUCUGGAGAACUGCCAGAGCAGAGUGGACAUGAGGGAGGAGAUGAAGAGCUUGAAGAGCACCUAUCAGAAAGCACAAGAGCAGCUCCGAGAUAAGGAGAGGCAGCUGGCAGAGGCGCAGGCCACCAACCAGACUUUGAGACUUCAGGUGGAGGCUUCGCAGGAGGCCAGCAGCCAGGCACUGCAGGAGCUCUCAGCCCGGCUGCACAGGGAGUACGAGCAAAAACUGCUGGAAGAGCAACAGAGACACAGGGAGGAGAUUGAAAACCUACAGGCACAACUUGAUAGAUACAUAAGGCGACUUGAGGAAGCAGAGAAGAAUAUUCAGAGUGCAGAAGCCAAGAUCACUGAGAGAGAUCAGAGGAUCAGCGAACUGGAGCGCCUCCUGGACUGUAUGGGAAAAGAAAAGAGCCAAUUGGAAAAGAAGCUGCAAGAAUGUGAAAAGUGUCUUCGGUUAUUACAGCUGGCAGACACAACGGACGGAACCACAGCCAAAAGGUCCAAACAGCUGGAAGGGGAGGCAUCAGAUCUCCGUGAGAGGAUCAAACACCUGAACGAUAUGGUGUUCUGUCAGCAGAGGAAAGUCAAAGGAAUGAUUGAGGAGGUUGAAUCACUUCGAGCUCAAGUUGCACAGAAGGAUAUGUUCAUCUCGGAGCUUCUGGACCGAAUUGCAAUAGUGGAGUGUGAGAAUAAUGAAAUUGAAGACAAGCUCAAGUAUUUUAUGUCUACACAGAAUAAGACACGUGAUGUGGAAACUAGGGAGAUAGGAGUAGGCUGUGAUCUGCUCCCCAGCGAGGAUGUCACAUCUCCUGUUCAAAAUCAGUUGCCCACACUGCGACCAACUUUAAUAAACUCGUCCUUCUACCUGACAUCCCCGACACAACCAAGAACAUUUAAGCCUGGUAACCCACCACCGAGCAGGCUGGAGUCCAGCUUACUGAAGUACACUCCUCUUGAGUACACCCGCUAUCUGCAGUCCAAAGCUUCAGCGUCCAGCGAAGCAUCUUCACCCACUGAAUCUGAGCCACUGAGUCCAGUCCAGUCUGACACAGACGAGGUUGAUGCAAAAACAAGCACAGAAAUGGAUUCCAUUCCAGAGGAAUUGACUGCGUCCUCAUCGGCUUCUGAAGGGAGCUCUAGUCCAUCUCAGAUUUACACCCCGUUUAUGAGACUUAUGGAUAUGACGGCAAAGCUAACCCUCGACUCAUGACCUAUUCACUUUGAUUUUAUUUUCCCCACACCUUAUAUACACCUAGAAAUAAAGGCUCAAGUGUAAAAACGUCACAUAAAACUCAUACAGCCUGCAUAUACAAAUGGCAGCAUAAAUGAAGAGAACAUGUUUCAUAUUGGUGGGUGUACAUAAUCUCAUGUUUUGUACAAAUAUGUUGUAAAUAAUCCACUGAAGGAAUAUAUUUGUUUACACUGAAAAACAAUCUUAUGUAAAGAUUGAUAUGGAAGGUUUUGAGUAUUUUGUUAUUGUUUUAUUUCGGCUCUGUACAAACUAUUUUACAAUUGACACAAUAUGUAAAAAUAUUUAUUAAUAUA